AUGAAGGCCACUUUCUUCUCCGUUUUCGCCCUCGCCAUCUCGGCCAUCGCCUCUCCUGUUCCCGAGGUUCAGAAAGACACCCGCUCUGUCGAGCAGGUCAACGGCGCUAUUCACAACGCUGAGAACAUCGUCUCCAAGGUCGGCGUCAAGCAGAUCGUCGACGAGGCUACCAAGUCUCCUGCCAAGCGCGCUGCUAUCUCCAACCCCCAGGAGCUCAUCACCGUUCUCAAGAGCGGUGUUAGCAACAUUAACAAGAAGACCACUGGUCUGAACUCUAUUGCUGAGAAGAUCAAGGCUGGUGAUCUUACCAAGGACGCUGGUGCUACCAAGGCCAUUCCUGGCUUUGAGUCCGUUCACUUCGAGCUUACUGAGAUCGUCACCAAGCUUACUGGUGCUGCUGGUCUUGAUGUUGCCGACUCUGAUGUCGACACUGUCCUCAACCUCGUUGUCGUCCUUGUUUCUGAGGUUCUCACAGCUGUCAAGACCAUCGUCACUGUUACUGGCCUCCGACCUCAACUCAUCUCCAUCCUCCACUCUGUCUUCCAGCUCCUCACCAAGGUUCUCGUCCUUGUCAUUGGCCUCGUUUCUGCCAUUGUUCCUGGUCUGGUUGCCGGUCUUACUCCUCUCCUUGCUGGUCUCGGCAACGGCGUUCUCGCUCCCGUCCUUCUUCCUAUCACUGGCCUACUUGCUAGCCUCGCUGUUUAA